CGCUGGGGGCAAGCGAGAUGAGCGACGCUCGGAUCGCAUGGCAAGUGGAGCUGGCGCAAUUCGUCCCGCCGUUCGAGGGGCUUCACCGGCGAUUCUUGGCGGGCUCCUGGAUCAUCUCCAAGUCGGCGGCUACUCUCACGAUCAACAGCGCCUCCGCGACGCUGGCCAUCGUUCUCAAUGGCAAUGUCUAUGAAGAACACUGUGUUCCCGACUUGUCGUUUGCUUGGCCUCGUACCACUGGGAGCUCGCGAGUCAUUCUCGCAAGCUACGCAAUCUCUGGAACGACAUACAAGUUUGGAAUGAGGUUCGAGAACGACGAGGAAGCGUCGAAAUGCUUUAAGAUCCUCGAAGCUGCCGCGUCCAUUCCCAGGGGUACUCUAGAAAGCGUGGUCCCGAAAAUCUACAGCGAGAUGGACUGGACAGCCCCAGGAGCUCCCGACCAAUUCAUUCCGGAAGUGAUUGAAACCAACAGUCCCAACGGGGCCCGAAGCAACACCUCGGGAGCAGGGUCUGUUCUCCCGGAUCCAGAGGUAGUCUUAGCACUGCCAUGCCCAGGAUCCAGUAACAAGCCAUCAGCACCCGCGCUCAAAGAGCAAAUCCAUACGAGCAACUCUUUGAUCAGCACCAAACCUUCAGGGCCGGAGCUCAAGGAGCAAAUCCUCAAAUGCCUCAUGGAUCCUUCGUUCCCAGCUUUCGUGAACGAGGUCGAGAAAAUCUGGCACGAAAUCGGACACAACGUCGAGACGCUGCAGACGUAACUUCGACGUCCUAGUAGCUAAAUUUUUUGCUGUAGACGAGGCAAUGAUCAGCGAUGUACCUCGAAGAAUCUAACUAGUCGCUCCAAAGGCUAAGAGCUUAGAUCGAGCAAAAGGAUAGAGAAGGCACGGCUUUAAAAAAUUUUUGCUAGCCUUUCUGUCCGUUAAAACAGUACACUCUCUACUACGAAGCUUAAGUUUUUCACGAA